AUGCUUUCAACACCCAUAGAAUCCCUAAAAGUACUAUUCUUCGUACUCUUAGUAACACAUACCAUUGUUGCAGCAUUGGAUACAGAUCAAGACUUUGUUGAUCAUGAAGAUGACUUUGACGAUCAUUCACGUGGUGAAAUCAAAGAAACUGCUUCUUUACAAGGUUUGAGCCACUUUUUGGCACAGCAGAAGAUGCCGGCAAACUAUACUUGUGAAAAGUUUCCUAGGGUUUGUGGACUGAAGGACAGCGCAGGGCCAGAUUGCUGCAAGAAGAAGUGUGUGAAUGUGAAGACAGAUCAAUUGAACUGUGGGAUGUGUGGGUAUAAAUGCAAGUACGCUGAGAUAUGUUGUGGAGGGAGGUGUGUGAAUGCAUCAUUUGAUAAGAGCCACUGUGGAGGUUUCCAUAAGAAAUGCAAGAAGGGAGAGUUGUGUGUGUAUGGGAUGUGUGAUUAUGCAUGA